AUUUGAGUUGUUGGUUGGCGGCUGUUUUGUACAGUCCUUGAGUGUGUGUGUGUGCAAAAAUUCCCGUUAUUUUGUUUGCGGCUGUGCAGUGGCGUAUCACCUUUCACUACGCUUCAUUUGACUAUAUGAAUUAUAACGGUUAUUGUGUUUUUAAAUGGACCGUUAAUUGCCAAUUAAAAGGGAGUAAAUGAGAGCGUAGUGUUGGAGAGUGAGAGAGGUUAGAACUUGUGCGAAGCAAUAAAUUCUUGAGAAAUUAUGCGUGCAAUUAGCGGUUGAAAGUAAUUUACUGUUAUUAACUCCAAUAAGUGUCAGCAACAACAACGAGAAAAAAAAAACAAAUUUUGUCAUGAAAUUGAAACCAACAACAUCAUCAUCACCAUCAUUACCAACACCCUGCUAAGUAUACAUCCAUCAGUUGUGUUGUGCUUUGGGGAGCCAUUUGCAUUUUAAUUGCCACACGAACGUUAAUUGAGAGUGGUUCGAUAAGAGGCGCACGUAAUUAAUGCGGCAGUUGGAGCUAUGCGAAUUCCAUAUUGGAUUUCGAUGUGAAAGCAGCGAAAUCAACCCUGUUUGCCAGAACGUAAUAAACGAAAAUGCAAAUCCUUUUGAUGUUGCCAGCACAAGAACGAUGAGCGAUCAAAGCGUGCGGCGAUAGAAAAAGAGAGGUGAAGAGGAAAAAUAAACAAGACUAACAGAGAGACACACUACAAAUGCAAGAAGAGUAGUACGGCAGAAAGACACUAACAAGCGGUUCAAUAGUGUCCAUAGUUGAAGCAACAACAACAGCACGAAACAAAUAAGUCGAGAGCGAGCAGAACAGAGUAUCCCGAAAGGAAAUAAACAAUUUACGCAAACGAUAAAAGUUAAUAAAACACUUAAGCGGAUUGUGCGACAGCAUUGCCAAAGCGACAACAACAGCAAAAACAACAGCAACAGUCUCAAUAUCACUAGCAAAAAGCUGCGAUAAAAGCGAAAAGAAACAAGCAACUAAGAUAAACGACACUGUAGCAACAAGGAAUUGUAUGCCAGAAGAACAUUAAAGUGGCCGAAGACAGAGUGCAACAGAGCACGAGGGCGGAGUAGAGCAAGCAAGCCAGCAAGCAAAUAUAUUGCUAUUGCAACAGCAGCAACAAAAGCAACAGCGAAGGAGCAAGAGCAGCGCAUAAUCAAUCAAUAUCGAGCGUGGGGCGAGGCGAGGCAAAGAGCAAGCAGCAAACAUACACAAAAAGUAGUCCAACGUAAGACAUAAAUAACUGACGAAACUGAUAAGUACUGCGACAGCGCGAGCAAAAACAACAGCAACAAAAACCAUAAAUAAAAAUAUAAAAGAAUAUAUCUUGAACUGGGCGCUGAGACCCGGCGACGCAACUACUUAGUUGCAUGCUAAAAGCAGUGCUGCCAGCUGGAUUUUAAUGCCAAGCACUUGAGAUAAUUCAAAGGGAGAUGACCAAAAAGCGACGCUUGCCAACAACGCCAACAACAAGACUACUACUGACGACGCGCAACAGCGCGCUUCCAAGGCGGACGCCAGGAGCGGCAGCGUCACAAGCCGCAGUUUCCAUAGUGUCGAGCAACAUGCGAAGCGCCGCGGCAAUGACGUCAAUGGAUAAUGUGCGAACAAGCAGCAACAAAAACAACAAUAAUAAUGACUCAAUUCGAUGCAUACACAACAACAACACUAUAACGCCCCGCAACGGUGGCGACAACAUGGAGAGCGGCCGCGAUCAGCGACGAAGCGAAAACGCUCACAGUAAAUCCCAGAGCUACGUCAAUUGUGCAAGCGUAAUGUCAGCGAUAAGUAAUGAAAAUAUUGGCAGGCGACAGGCAUGUUGCCUGGCAGCCACAGAUGCCAACAAAAUUCCGUGUGGCAAGUACCAACGAAGUGAGCCUAUGCAGGCGUGUGAGGGCAAUGCACUGCAGGCGUUAACUGCAGGGUCACAGACAGUGCAGCAGCAGCGCGGCAGCAACAACAAGUUAUGCAACAACAACAAGUUAUACAACAACAACAUAAAGAAUGCGCUUGCAACACAGUCAGCAUUGCAACACGUCAUAUUCAAGGCAACUCUUUCAACCAUUGCAGCUCCGCAGUGUCAAAGUGCUGUGAAAGCAGCAACAACAACAGCAGCAAAAAAAGUAAUUAAAGUCAACUGCAAGCCUGUUGCAAAGCAAAUGACUUCAUCGACAACAACAAACGUAUCGGCCGCUGACAAUACGAAGAGAACAAGAAAACUAUCCAAAUCCACUGUCGAGUGUCCGAGCGUCAUUACAGCGCAAGCCAGCGCCACGCCAGCACCAGCAAACUCAUUGAGCCCAACAAAGACGUCUGCCGCCAUACUUACAAACACCUACGCACCUGCAGCAUUAUCAACAACAACACGUAUUGCUGCCAACUUAUGGUCCACAUUGCGGCAGCAAGCGCUCGUCAUUUUUGAAGACUUCGUCCGUUGUCGUUCGUCAAAUCACGCUGCCAAUGGUGUAAUGAAAAACAACAACAAUAACAGCAGCGGCGGCAUUGCAAACGGUUUUGUUUGGUUGUUGCCCGUACUCUGUCUGUUGGCUGCAUUCGGCUGCGGUCAAGCUGGAUUUGCUUGCCUCAGUAAUCCUUGCGUUUUCGGUGUCUGCAUCGAUGGCUUGAAUAGCAGCUCGUAUUCAUGCUACUGCAUCGAUGGUUACACGGGAAUUCAGUGCCAAACAAAUUGGGAUGAAUGCUGGUCGGGGCCCUGCCAAAACGGUGGCACUUGCAUAGAUGGCGUCGCCUAUUACAACUGUACGUGUCCGGAUGGUUUUACUGGAAUCAAUUGCGAGGAAAAUGUCGAUGAAUGCAUGUCGAAUCCGUGUCAAAAUGGUGGACAUUGUCGUGACCGGAACAAUGGCUAUACCUGCACCUGUCAGCCGGGCUACUUGGGCAUCAAUUGUGAAAUCGAUGUGGCUGUCUGCGAGACGGGCACCGGCGCGCGUUGUCAGAACGGCGGUGAAUGCAUUGAAGGUCCUGGCCUGGAGUUCUCCUGCGAAUGUACUGCCGGCUGGCAUGGACGCAUCUGUCAAGAAGAGAUCAACGAGUGCGAAUCGGCGCCAUGUCAAAAUGGCGGUGUGUGUGUGGACAAAUUGGCAUCGUAUGUAUGCGCCUGUCCGAUGGGCUAUACGGGGAACAAUUGCGAGGAAGAGAUACUCAUUUGUGCGGACAAUCCAUGCCAGAACAAUGCGCUCUGCCUGAUGGAAGAGAGCAUACCGACGUGCUACUGUGUGCCCGACUACCAUGGCGAAAAAUGUGAGUAUCAGUAUGAUGAGUGCCAAUUGGGACCGCGUUGUAUGAACGGUGGUGUCUGCAUUGAUGGUGUUGACACGUUUUCAUGCUCGUGUCCACCGCUGUUGACGGGCAUGCUCUGCGAGUGUCUAAUGAUUGGCGAAGAUUCGUUAGAUUGCAAUUAUACGGUGAGCAUAUCCACAAUGCCACCGACAACUAUAAUACGACCAAUUACACCGACAGCCGCUGCUACCGUGACAACGACAACGCCAACGGAAGUGACACCACAUGUGUCCGCCGUACCAGUGGUGACAACAACAACGGCAGCGCCAAGUGGCACAGCAUCGGUGUCCACAUCCGUUGAGACCGAAGAAACUGAAGAGGAAACUGGUGUGGGUGUUGGUGCGGAGAAGACUAAAGCACCGCCUGAGACUGCCACCGCAACAGGUAGCGCUGUUUCCAUUUCAUCGGAAGAAAAGCCACAAACUACAGAAUCAUCACGUUCGUACACAGCUGAGUCGGGUAGUAGUGUUGAGUCGUCCUACUCUUCUGAAGGCAGUGCGUCAGUGGAAGUUGGUACAUCCGACGAACUUACAACGCCCUCACAUGUAGAUGCUAGUAGCGCUGAAGAAGGUGUGCCCACAACAGCCAAAACAACGAUCAGCACCGCGGACUCGGAUUAUACACCCGGCUCAUCUGCGGUUUCGAAAAGCGCGGAAUCGGAUGAAGGUCCACCCAUCACUUAUUCCACACGUCCACCAUUCAAACAUUAUGUUACAACAAUCGAGACAACAUUCUCCAUCGACUAUUCUACUGCAAGACCCACUUCUCUUCGGCCAAAGCCAACGAUAUUCUUCCCCAGCAGCACAGUGCAUAUAUUACCAGAACUGCCCGGCAAACAUAUUCCCACCGAGUACACUGAGUAUCCGGACCAUGAUGUGACGUCGCCUCAUCGCAUAACCACCACAGCUGCGCCGUUCUUCACCGAAUACCCGGAAGUUGCAGUCACCACACGUUACAAGGACUUCACCAGCAAAGACUUGAGUAUGGUCACAACCGGCCGUCCAAUAACUUAUCCAACAACACUAUCGUCGCUGACACCAACUAUUGUGCGCAUUGGCACCACUUUGCACCCACAACUCGGCGGCGAAGCUGCUUCGUCGACUGUGACACCGGCAACCGGUGUGACCGCGGAACGACCAGACGGUCAUCAUCAUCAUCAUCACCAUCACCACCAUCAUCACAGCACACAAGCGCCGGGAACUGGUGGCGAGGAAUAUACACAACCGCCGGCAACCACGCAGACGCACAUCUAUACCACCGAACGUACGCACUAUCAUCACGUCGACCACACCACACAUCGACAUCAUUACGAAGGUGCGCCAACCACUAUGACAGCACCAGUGCCAACGACUGCGGAGAUUACCACAACACAACCGUUAUAUACCGAAGAUUUGGUUAGCCACACCUCGACGCUACGCCCUGCUGCAACGCCAACAGUCGUGGCCGCGUUACCUACAACUCUUGCGCCCGAACCAGAAUCAGCGGAGACUACAGAACCACCACCGCCGCCACCACAACCAACCGCACCACCAACACAACCACCAACGCCAGCACCAGCAACAACGCUGCCACCACCAACAUCCCCACCAUCAACGGCAAGCCCAACCGUGGCGGUCACGUAUCCGCCACCCACAGAGCUGACGCCCGCUCCAGGCACACCCGUACCGGUCUAUACCACACUACCACCGCCACCAGCGCCAACCACCUCCGUACCGAUCUACAGCACGUACGCGCAACCAAGCGGCAAACCCGUCACCACGACAGUGGCCAGCAGCGAGGAAGUGGAGAGCGCCAAUACGGUGGCCACCGGCGUCGAAACGGGCAUAGCACGCGGUGGCGCAACGCCAGUAGGUGGCGCUGCUGGCGUUGAUAACACCACCGAAGUGGAUUGCAUCAAAAUGGGCUGCUACAAUGGCGGCACUUGUGUCACGACAUCCGAGGGUUCACGGUGCGUUUGCCGCUUUGACCGCCAAGGUGCACUGUGCGAGUUACCCAUCAUCAUCAAGAAUGCCGCCUUCUCGGGCGAUUCAUAUGUGUCGCACCGCAUCCACAAGGACAUACCACAUCAUGAGUCAUUGGAUUCGGUGCUGCCGAUGCAUGUACAACUGAAGGUGCGCACACGUGCCACAAACGGUCUGAUAAUGCUGGCCGCCGCCCAGGGCACCAAAGGCGGUCACUACAUGGCGUUGUUCCUGCAGAAGGGCCUACUGCAAUUCCAAUUCUCUUGCGGUUUGCAGACGAUGCUGUUGAGCGAGCUGGAGACACCGGUGAAUACGGGCAAUGAGAUAACAAUAAGAGCGGAAUUGGACUUCAGUCGCAAUUACACGCACUGCAAUGCCUCGCUGCUGGUCAAUGACACGCUCGCCAUGUCGGGCGAUCAGCCGACCUGGCUGAAAUUGCUGCCGCCGCGCAUGCACACACCGGAAGUGAUACUCAACACAUGGUUGCAUUUAGGUGGCGCUCCACAGGCACCUAUUGGUCUCAUAAUCGAACUUCCACCAGCUCAGAGUGGCACUGGAUUCACGGGCUGUUUGCAUUCUUUGCGCAUAAACGAGGAGACACGCGAGAUAUUCGGUGACGCUUUGGACGGCUUUGGCAUAACAGAAUGUGGUUCACUCGCCUGCUUGUCGAGUCCGUGUCGCAAUGGCGCUGCUUGCAUCAAAAUCGAAACCAACGAAGUCGAUGAAAAUGGCGAAAAGGCGGAGAAAUGGAAAUGCAAAUGUCCAACCGGUUAUAUGGGACCCACUUGUGAAAUCUCCGUUUGUGAAGAUAAUCCCUGUCAAUAUGGUGGCACUUGUGUACAGUUUCCAGGCAGCGGCUACCUAUGCUUAUGUCCGCUGGGCAAACAUGGUCACUACUGCGAACACAGCUUUCCUGCCCAUACGAUUUCCCCCGCUACAAUUAAAAAUCUUACAGAUCUCGAAGUCGCCUUGCCGUCGUUCUCCGGUAGCGUUAAUGGACUCUCGUCAUUUGUGGCCUACACUGUGCCCAUACCGCUGGAGUACUCGAUCGAGUUGAGCUUCAAGAUAUUACCGCAAACGAUGUCACAAAUAUCACUGCUCGCCUUCCUUGGACAGUCCGGUUAUCACGAUGAGAAGAGCGACCAUUUGGCGAUCAGUUUCAUACAAGGCUACAUUAUGCUCACUUGGAAUUUGGGUGGUGGACCGCGACGCAUAUUUACACAAAAACCGAUCGAUUUCCGCUUGGAUGCACCACGUGUUCCGUACGAAAUCAAAGUCGGACGCAUUGGCCGACAGGCUUGGCUUUCCGUUGAUGGCAAAUUCAAUAUUACUGGACGUUCGCCGGGCAGCGUCAGUCGCAUGGAUGUUAUGCCUAUACUAUAUUUGGGUGGACAUGAGAUCGCGAACUUCAAUACGCUGCCGCACGAUCUUCCGCUACAUUCAGGCUUCCAGGGUUGCAUUUACGAUGUGAACUUGAAGGCAGGUCAGGUGACUGUGCCACUCCAGGAGACGCGUGGUGUGCGCGGACGUGGUGUGGGCCAGUGUGGCACCAGGGAAUGCCACCGACAUGCAUGCCAACACGAUGGCGCUUGCUUGCAACACGGCGCAACGUUCACCUGCAUCUGCCAAGAAGGCUGGUACGGACCACUCUGCGCUCAACCCACCAAUCCUUGUGACUCAUUCAACAACAAAUGCGCGGAAGGCUCAACUUGUGUACCGCUGGUGAAUGGCUACGAGUGCGACUGUCCGGUAGGCAGAACUGGCAAAAAUUGUGAUGAAGAUAUCCGCUCACUAAGUGAUGUCUCGCUAACCGGUCGUCGCUCAUAUUUGGCAGUACGUUGGCCCUACCUCUAUGAUAGCGCCGACAAACUUGGUUCGAAACGUUCGCAAAUCAUCAGCUAUCGCAACUUUACGAAGAAACUGAUGCCACCGAAACCAAUUGCUUCCUCAAAUCAGCACUUUGUCAUGAAAUUACUCAAUGAGGUGGAAAAACAACGAAAUUUCUCACCAGUACCGCUUAUGGGUUCGAAGACUUUCGAGGAGCAUCAUCGCGUACAAUUCUUCUUCAUUGAAUUCCAGCUGCGUCCACUCUCCGAACGUGGUCUCCUACUCUACUUCGGCACUUUGAACAACAAUCAAGAUAAGAAGGUCGGUUUCGUCUCGCUCUCACUACAAGGUGGUGUCGUGGAAUUCCGCAUAUCGGGUCCCAGCAGCCAUGUAACGGUCGUACGCAGCGUACGUAUGCUCGCAAUUGGCGAAUGGCAUAAGAUCAAAAUGGCACAACGUGGACGCUGGCUGACGCUCUGGGUUGAGGGUAGCGCGUCAUCAGCUUUAGCACCUUCCGCCGAAGUACUCGUCGAACCCGAUUCGCUACUAUACAUUGGUGGCCUGAGAGAUUUAUCGAAACUGCCACAUAAUGCUAUCUCCGGUUUCCCGAUACCAUUCCGUGGUUGCGUGCGUGGUCUGGUAGUCAGCGGUACGCGCAUUGUGCUCAACGAAACAAAUAUAAUGGAUUCUCGUAACAUACGCGACUGUGAUGGCACUGCCUGCGGCGGUGAUUCCUGCGAGGCGGGUGGUCAUUGCUGGCUCGAUGAGAAGCUGCAACCCCAUUGCAUUUGCCCCGAAUAUGCGAAAGGUGAUCGUUGCGAAUACUCGGAGAGUUGUAAACUGAUACCAUGCAAGAAUAAUGGACGUUGCUUGCGCAGCGGUCGCUGUUCGUGUCCGAAUGGCUGGGGUGGAUUUUACUGUGAAAUAGCCAUGAGUAAGCCCACAACGCCAAGCUUCCGUGGAAACAGUUACCUGAUCUUGCCACCACCACGCAUACCGAUGAAAGACAAACGCCGCGGCCCAUCCAUGUAUGUCCGACCACGUGAAGCCAUACAAGUGUCGUUGAAUUUCUCCAGCAUCGAACCCGAUGGCCUGCUGCUGUGGAGCGAACACGAUCGUAAUCGAUUUUUGGGCUUAGGCUUGGAGAAUGGUCACUUGAAGAUGGCGAGCAAUUUGUUAGAUUCCAAUAAUGAUACGGUGGAGAUGCCAGCGACCGGCUUCAUUGCGGAUGGCAGUUGGCAUUUGGCAAAGAUCAUAAUGGAUCGCAACCGCUUGGAAUUGCAAUUGGAUGGUGAGGUGAUAUUUUCGGAGAAGGUGCUGGACGCGGCAGCCGGUGCGCUCGUGGCAACAACACAACGAACUGUGUUAACGACGCGUCGCUCCUUUGCGGCACGACGGGGCAAGGAUCCAUCGAUCACUUACGAGGAUGUCUUCUAUUUGGGUGGCUUCCCCAACCAAGAACUGGUUAGUGUACGCACACUCGGACGCUUCAACGAACCAUUCAAAGGCUGUCUGCAGGAUAUACAAUUCGGUGCCGAACCAACUGCCGUUAUAACCGAUUUCUCAUCGUACAAAGGUGAGAAUAUUGGCUCGUGUGAUCUACAUGGAGAUGAGCAAAUCAUUGUAUAGGGGAGGGAAGACAAUGUCUAGCAACAACACAGGAUGGAUUAUAAAUCUUAAAUAUAAAAAAAAUUAAAAAACAAAAACAAACAGAAAGCCAUACAUACAUGUUAAGCAAGCUUACAAUUUAUGUGUAUUUUAUUGAAAUGCGCCGAGAGCGUAAACUAUAAUAUCGUAGGCAAUUAUGUGGUAUGUGUGCUUGUGAAUGUUUAAAGAGCAAAAAAAAAGCUCAAAAAUUAAAUUAAAUUAAAUGUAAUAAACUACAACAACAACAAACGGACGAAAAUUAAUAUAAAAAAUAAAUUUAAUAUUAAUAAAAUUAUUCAAGAAUAAUAUAAAAAUAAAUAAAAAAUUAUGUGAGAAGAAAGAUGGAAUAAUAAUAAUAAAAUGCUAAGAAACUAAAAAUAAAAAUAAUAUAAAAAACUAAUUUUGUAAAUUUUAUAAAAACACAAACAAACCAAACAAACAUAUUAAGGAACACAAUGAAAUUGCGAAAAUGAAAUUUUAAAACUUUUAGAUUGUAAAAGAAAAACAAAACAAAAAAAGAACACAAUAAGAAUCAGACAUUUUUUGGAAAUUCAAUUUAGUAGUCCAUAAAAAAAAAACAAAAAACAAAAAAUAUGUAUGUGAGUAAAGAGCAAAAGUAAGAAGAAAAAAAAAACAAAAAACACGAAAAUACUUGAAACCAAAAUCUACAUGGAGAUUGAAUUUUACAAAAAACCAAAACGAGUUGCUAUGGACUUUCCUCUCUCAUAUAUUUAGUGAUAUACAAACAUACAUACAUACAUACAUGUAGACUUAUAUUAGUACAUACAUACACCUAUAUAUGUACGCAUGAUUAAGCCAACUGGCGUUAUUAAACUGAUGCUGAAAAGCUGUUAUUGCAAGCUAGUGAGGCUACUAAGGACUAACAGCAUAUACGAGUAUCUAAA